UACACCUCUGCUUCCCUGGACCCAGAGUCACCACGAUGCCCAUCCUGGAAAAAGACCCUCAUACGAUGGCAGCAAAAACUCCCAGCAGCGAAGAAGAGUCUGCACUGCCCAAGCUGCCAGUGCCCCCCCUGCAGCAGACCCUGGCCACCUACCUGCGGUGCAUGCGGCACCUGGUACCCGAGGAGCAGUUCCAGAAGAGUCAGGCCAUCGUGUGUCGGUUUGGGGCCCCCGGCAGCCUUGGUGAGACCCUGCAGCAAAAACUCUUGGAGCGGCAGGAGAAGACAGCCAACUGGGUGUCUGAGUACUGGCUGAACGACAUGUAUCUCAGUAACCGCCUGGCCCUGCCUGUCAACUCCAGCCCAGCUGUGAUCUUUGCUCGGCAGCACUUCCAAGACACCAACGACCAGCUAAGGUUUGCAGCCAGCCUCAUCUCUGGUGUGCUCAGCUACAAGGCCCUGCUGGACAGCCACUCCAUCCCCACAGACUGUGCCACGGGCCAACUGUCAGGGCAGCCCCUUUGUAUGAAGCAGUACUAUGGGCUGUUCUCCUCUUACCGGCUUCCUGGCCACACCCAGGACAUGCUGGUGGCCCAGAAGAGCAGCAUCAUGCCUGAGCCCGAGCAUGUCAUUGUGGCCUGCUGCAACCAGUUCUUUGUCUUGGAUGUUGUCAUUAAUUUCCGCCGUCUCAGUGAGGGGGAUCUGUUCACUCAGUUGAGAAAGAUAGUCAAAACGGCUGCCGACGAGGACGAGCGCUUGCCUCCGAUCGGCCUGCUGACGUCGGACGGGAGGAGCGAGUGGGCCGAGGCCAGGACAGCCCUCGUGAAAGACUCCACCAACCGGGACUCGCUGGACAUGAUCGAGCGCUGCAUCUGCCUCGUGUGCCUGGAUGCACCAGGAGGUGUGGAGCCCAGCGACACCAACAGGGCACUCCAGCUCCUUCACGGCGGAGGCUGCAGCAAGAACGGGGCAAACCGCUGGUACGACAAGUCCCUGCAGUUUGUGGUGGGCCGAGACGGCACCUGCGGCGUGGUGUGCGAACACUCCCCGUUCGAUGGCAUCGUGCUGGUGCAGUGCACGGAGCACCUCCUCAAGCACAUGAUGAACAGCAGCAAGAAGCUGGUCCGAGCAGACUCCGUCAGCGAGCUCCCAGCCCCGCGCAGGCUGAGGUGGAAAUGCUCCCCGGAAAUUCAAGGCCACCUGGCCUCCUCCGCAGAAAACCUUCAACGAAUAGUAAAGAAUCUCGACUUCACUGUUUAUAAGUUUGAAAACUACGGGAAAACAUUCAUUAAGAAGCAGAAGUGCAGCCCGGAUGCCUUCAUCCAGGUGGCCCUCCAACUGGCCUUCUACAGGCUCCACGGCAGGCUGGUGCCCACCUACGAGAGCGCGUCCAUCCGCCGGUUCCAGGAGGGACGCGUGGACAACAUUAGGUCGGCCACUCCGGAGGCACUGACCUUCGCGAGGGCCAUGACGGACGGCGCGGCCGCCGUGCAGGAUCGUGAGAAGCUGCUGCUCCUGCAGGACGCCGUCCGCGCCCAGACCGAGUACACAGUCACGGCCAUAACAGGGAUGGCCAUCGACAACCACCUGCUGGCGCUGCGGGAGCUGGCCCGGGACGUGUGCGAGGAACUGCCUGAGAUGUUCACGGAUGAAACAUACCUGACGAGCAACCGGUUUGUCCUCUCCACCAGCCAGGUGCCCACAACCAUGGAGAUGUUUUGCUGCUAUGGCCCUGUGGUCCCCGAUGGGUAUGGCGCCUGCUACAACCCCCAGCCAGAGACCAUCCUCUUCUGCAUCUCCAGCUUUCACGGCUGCAAAGAGACCUCUUCUACCAAGUUUGCGAAGGCUGUGCAAGAAAGCCUCGUCGACAUGAGAAGCCUCUGCAGUCCACCGCAGCCUGCCGAGGGCAAGCCACUGGCAACAAAGGAAAAAGCCAUGAGGCCCAGCCAGGGGCACCAACCUUGACUCUUGCCACUAAGUCUCUCCUCCCAAGCCCGCCUCUGCAGCCCCAGACCCUGCCAAUCCGCACACCCAUCCCUCACCCCGGCUUCCUGCAGCUCCCCAGCCUCAGGGCCCAGCCCACAGACCACGUGGAAGCAUCACACCAAGCUGGAGAGCGGGUAGGAAAGGGUCCCAGGCUAUGCAUGGAAACUGUCAUUCAAGGUGCCCUCUGCCUGGGCAGUGAGACCACUCUGGAGGCAGCCUGGGUGACGUGGGGAGCCACACUAAGGAUCUUCCUCUGUGGUCCUCAGAAGCUUACGUUCAUGUUUCCUUCCCCAGCAGGACCUAGCGUGUCUAGGUGAUGUUUCUGCCCAAUGAAAGAAUGAGGCAUCCAAUUGCAUGCAGUGUACAUAAGUGAAUCACGAAGGAAGAGGCAGCUCUGGGUCAUUACCUUUUCUAGAGAAGGAGGCUUUGUUUUCAGAUUCAAAUCAUUUUGAUUAUGGCAUUCAGUGCCUCCGCCAAACCACGGUCCUGCCAGCACCUGCUCCCCGACACACACCACACACAGCCCAUGUUCAUUUAAAAUAUGGUGACCGGGGUGGCCCACAAACACAUUUCCCCCUCUGCUCCCAGGGGCAGCCUUCCGUUGAGUUCAGAAAAUUGUGUCCAGCUACUUUGAAAGGGGAGAAGAUUAUGUGCAACCGCCUUGGAGCUGGUGCCCCUGUCUGCUCCCAGGCAGCACCAGGGACGUGCACCGCGAGUACAGCACACAGCCUGGACAGGUGGCACCUGGCACAGACGGCUUAGGGAGGAUGGGGCGCUUCCCCUGGACCCGCCAUUUGCAUUUUUCUGCAUCUUUCCCACCCUUCUCUACACUGUGUGCCCAGUAGGUGGAGAAGACAGAGGCUUGCUUUGGUUUUUCUACUUUGUGGUUGUUUUGAAGAAACAGGUUUUUAAGAAAACCACCCUUACAUUAAUUUCAGAAAAUGAUCUCAGUGGCCCAAGCAAGACAUCCUUAGACAGCUGGGCUCCUUUCUUUGGAGGACGCUACCCAGGAAUUCUGACUGCAACCCGAGUGGAGGAGCCGGAGCAGGGCUCUCCGGCGGCCUGAGGACCAGGGGACAGCUGGCAGCAAGCGGGCUGAGAGGAGGGAAUGGCUUGCCCAGAGCCAGCCCCGGCAGGAGGCAGGACAGGCAGCCCAGCUGGGUCAAAGUUGAGCGUGUCCUGGGAGCCUGUGGUGGUGCAGGAGGUGCGAGAGGCUCUUCCCGUUGGGGCACAUUUUUAUGGAACAUCUAAAAGGGCAAAGGGAAGGGACCAGGACAGAACCAGAAAUGUCCAAACCACAGAAAGCAGAGGGUGGCGCAGAGCUGGGCUCUCGAGCGGCUAGUGCCACUCUCCCCACCGCGUGUGUCCCUGGAGGAGCUCCCUCCAUUGCAGUUCUGCGGUCCGUGUCAUCCUGAGCACUCGGCUUGGCCCAGGGAAGCUCUUCACACGGUGGCCUGGAUUGCCACAGGCGGGCUGAGGUGAAGUAGGACAAGAGCUAACCCUGCUUGGCUCUUUGGAAACACCAGCAGCCUCAGCAGGGGACUCAUUGCCUGGUUUUAGAUGGGGUUUUUUUAUUGGAUCAUGUGGGAGAUGUGGGCCUGCCCUUCCAAGGAACAGUCAAGUCACUGGUCUGUAACAGGUCCAUGCUUCUUCCCUCCCAUGGCCACCUUCCUGCUCCCCUUGGGAAGCUGCAGCCUGAGGGUCCCAAGGGUGUCUGGGGACCAGCAGGUGGACUACCCAUUCCAAAGCCACUUGUCUGUCCUCACCAAAUGACCACAGUCCAGAUCCAAGUUCUCCUUUCGUUUCUGUCCAUGGAUUUCUGGGCAGGCAGAGAGCUCUGGCUUUAGGGUCAGGCAGCCCCACUGACCUUGGCUUAGUGACUUAAAUGCUAAGAAACUCAAUUACCUACAUUGUCCAAUGAGGACAGGAAUGUCCCCAUCUUGCAAGGCUAUGAAGAUCAGAGAGCAUGUGUGCAAAGGACCUUGCAUGAGAGGGUGGGCAGCACUGCCUACCUUCCGGAGCCCAGUGGGCAUUGUUCGGCUGGUUUUCUUUUAAACUAUUUAUACUGAUGUGACAGACCCAAAUUCAUCUCUUCUGUUCUCCAAGCACAGGUAAAGGGAACUUACUCUGUACAUUAAGACAUCAAACCAUGCACUUCAAGAAGUGGCAGAUGCUUGGCAGGAGGGAACACCUCCUCUCUCUGAGGAGGGGCUGGAAGCUGGUCUUCCCCCUCCAGGAAGAGAUGGGUGCACUGAGACUUUAUGCAAAGGCAAUGCUGAGCCAUGGCCAUGGGCAUCUUUGUGGGGACCCUGGGAAAGGAGUUGGCUUCAGGUGUCCCCAAAGAGACAGGAAAUGAGACAGUCAUUUGAAACAGUGAUGCAUAAUAAAAAUGUAUGUGGCCACCUUACAAUACUGCU